AUGGCCUACUUCGAUAAGAAAGCGAAGGAAGAUCCAGAUUUCUUCUACAGGAUAAGAUUGGACGAUGAGGAACGUGUCAGGAACAUGUAUUGGGUGGAUGUCAUAGAGGAGGUCUUUCCGUUGGCAGUGCACAGGCACUGUGGGUGGCACAUUAUAAAGAAGGCUGAGGAGACACUAGGACCGUUCUUUGCUGACCGUCCAGACCUGCACAAGGCAUUCGAGCUGUGCGUGGACCACAGCUUGACGGUGGAGGAGUUUGAAAGGAGCUGGAUGGCUAUGAUUGAAACAUAUCAAGUCCAAGACCACGAGACGCUUGCUAGCUUGUGGGAGAAGCGAAUGUACUGGGUGCCGGCCUACUUCAUGCAGUGCUUCUUCCCGUUUCUGAAGACUACACAGCGCAGUGAGGGGUUCAAUGCUGUUUUGAAGCAGUACGUGAGCCCUGACAACUCAUUACUACAGUUUGCCAAGCAGUACACCGCUUUGCAACAAAAAUACUGGGAUCCGAGCUACAGCAAGAAGCAAACACCGCGCUCAAGCAACCAAAAUUGCUAA